AGCAGCUGCUGCUGAACCUGUGGGCAGAAAAGUGAAAGCGUAUCCGCAACAGGUGGCGGCUGCUGCGGGAAGUGUGCACUUCUGAGGACGGAUGGCGGCUGCACGGAGAAAACUCUUGCAAAGCAGGCAAGUGGGACCUCUUCUCCUUUUUCUGUGCUUUUCUGUGGGGGGUGCAUCAACCAUCCGCUAUUCGGUGGCAGAGGAGAUGGAAAGCGGUUCGUUUGUGGCUAAUGUGGCUAAGGACUUGGGGCUGGAGGUAGGGAAGCUGGCUACGCGCGGGGCGCGGCUCGUUUCCGAAGGCAACAAACUGCAUUUCCGGCUGCACCGCAAGACGGGAGACCUGUUCAUGAAGGAGAAACUAGACCGGGAGUCCCUUUGUGGCAAAGCCGACCCCUGCGUUCUGCACUUUGAAAUAGUCCUGGUGGAACCGCUCCAGUCCUUCCGCGUGGAGGUCAGGGUAUUUGAUAUUAACGACAAUGCCCCAAUUUUCCUAAACAAGGAGCCUCUUUUGAAGAUUCCAGAGAGCACCCCCUUGGGUUCACGGUUUCCUCUGCAGAGCGCCCAGGACCUGGACAUGGGCCUCAACGGUCUCCAAAAUUACACCUUGAGUGCCAAUGAGUAUUUCCACCUGCACACCCGCUUCCGCAGCCAUGGGCCCAAGUAUGCGGAGCUCGUGCUGGAUAAACCCCUGGACAGAGAGGUGCAGCCUGAGGUCAACCUGACAAUUACAGCCGUGGACGGAGGGUCCCCCCCCAAGUCUGGCACGGCCCACAUCCGCGUGCAAGUUCUGGAUGUCAAUGAUCACGUGCCCCAGUUCUCUCGCCUGGUGUACCGCGCUCAAGUACCGGAAAAUAGUGCCAACGGUUCUUUGGUGGCCACGGUGACGGCCACCGACCUAGAUGAGGGCUCCAACAAGGCAAUAACUUACUCUUUAGCUCAAAACCCGGAAGUAAUUCUCCAGACAUUUCAGAUCGACCCUGACACUGGAGAGGUUCGAUUACGAGGGGCUCUAGAUUUUGAAGUCACGGAAACAUACGACAUUGACAUUCAAGCUACUGAUGGAGGCGGCCUCUCUGCCCACAGCAAAGUCCUGGUGGAAGUGGUGGACGUUAAUGACAAUCCUCCUGAAGUGACAGUCUCCUCUGUGUCCAGCCCUCUCCCUGAGGAUUCUCCACUACAGACUGUAGUGGCCCUUUUCUCUGUCCGCGACCGAGACAUUCGAGUGGGAGGAAAAAUCACCUGCUUCCUCAAAGAAGACCUUCCUUUUGCAGUCAAACCUACAUUCCGGAAUUCCUACUCACUGGUCACUGACAGAGGCUUGGACCGAGAGGACGUCUCUGGCUAUAAUAUCACCCUUGUUGCCACGGACACUGGACCACCCACUCUGUCCUCGGAGACUGUUAUAGAGGUGCUAAUAGCUGACAUUAAUGACAACCCCCCAGUGUUUCAGGAAGAUUCCUACAUCUUGACUGUUCGAGAAAACAACAGCCCUGCAGUCUUUAUUGGCAAAGUGCAUGCUGAGGAUCUAGAUUUGGGUGAGAAUGCCCAAGUCACAUACUCUCUGCUGCCUCCAAAAAGUGGCGACCUAUCAGUCUUUGCUUAUAUCUCUAUCAAUUCAGACAAUGGGAAACUCUAUGCACUGAGAACCAUGGAUUAUGAGGCCAUUCAAGAUUUUCAGUUUGUGGUAAAGGCAACAGAUGGGGGCUUCGUGUCACUGAGUAGCCAAGUUAGUGUCCGAGUGGUUGUCUUGGAUGACAAUGAUAACCGCCCAAUGAUCUUGUACCCUCUGCAGAAUGGCACCUUGCCUUGCAAUGACCUGGUACCCAGGUCUGCAGAGGCAGGCUACCUGGUGACCAAGGUGGUGGCUGUGGAUGGCGAUUCAGGUCAGAAUUCUUGGCUUUCGUAUCAUUUACUUAAGGCCACGGAUGCUGGGUUAUUCUCUGUUCAACAACAAAAUGGGGAAAUCCGUACAUUGCGGCCGAUAUCUGAGAGAGACGCCAGGAUGCAGAAGCUGAUCAUUCUUGUUCAGGAUCAUGGCCACCCACCUCUUUCGACUACUGCCUCACUCAACAUCCUCCUGGUAGAUGGCUUUUCUGAGCCUUAUCUGCAGUUCCAGGAUCCAUUCAAACAUCCUACAAGGGUAAAUCCAUCCACUAAAUAUUUGGUCAUUUCUCUGGCUGUGCUUUCCUUUCUCUUUCUCCUCUCUGUCGCGGUGAUCUUCAUUAUACACAUCUGCCAGAAGAUGAAAUGCAGAGAAAAGUUCACAAUCCAAGAGCAUUUCUAUGACGACUGUAAUUUCCCUCACAACCUGGCACAAGGAGGAGCCAGUGGGUCCAUAUCCCAGCCUUGUCCCUAUGAAAUGUGCUCAGCCACGGGCACGGGCACUAGUGAGUUCCGGUUUCUCAAGCGCUUUAUGCCCAAUUUCCCUUUCCCCCAUGGCACUGGAGAGGUAAAAACGGAGGCUGGCUCCAGUUUACCACCAGAUUCCGACAGGAAUAGGUCUCAGGGGCCAGAGGGGCAGGCCCGAGCAUCUGAUGACUAUAUGUAGC